AUGGUGUCGUCGCGCUCGAGCAGGAGCCACAGCUUCAGCAGCGACAAGACACCCUCUCUGGCCUCAUCCGUCACCUUCCAGAUGCCCGCCACGGUCCGACCCGCACCUGCCUACAUCGCCGCAUCCGUGGCUUCACAGACCGUCACCGACCACCACAAUGCGCAGCUGCGCGACCAAGACGCCGACACGGACGAGCUGCAAAACGCCAUCUUUUCCGAACAGGCACUGGCCCUCCUCAAUGCCUUCCUCGACCACCUGCUCUUCGCCUUCCUCUCGUCUGCGCGGUCGCCCGCCCUGGCUGCCAUCCGACCCGCCGUGUCCGACGUGCUCAAGCCGCGACUGGCCCGCGACGCCAUCGAGGCCGCGGAUGAGGAGCUCCAGGGCCUCCUGGCGGGAGAAGACGAUGAGGACAUGUCCACGGAGCAUGCCAAGCAAAUGGACAGAUGGGACGUGGAGAAGGUAUGGAAGCGCACGCGUCUGCGCAUCAUGGUCUACACGCGCCUGGGCGAGCUCGAGGACGAGGACGAGGAGCGCUAUGUGCAGCAGGAGCGCGGUCUGAGCAUGGACGAAGACGAGGACGACGAGGCUGGUCUUGUCGCCUGGGCGUCGGCCAUCUUCCUCACCUCGGUUGUUGAAUACGUCGCUGAGCAGUUGCUGCUUGUCGCAGGCUCGGCUGCCUUUGCGCGCAUGGCUGCGAGGAUGAAGAAGCUCGCGCAGCAAGCCGACGACCAUGCCGAGCAACAGCCCAUCGAGCGGCUGGUCAUUGAAGAGCCAGACGUAGAGAAGAUUGCCCUCAACUCGGCCCUGGGCCGCCUCUGGAGAACGUGGAGGAAACGCGUGCGAUCGCCUACUUCGCCCAUCUCCCCUGGCCGAGGCGUCCAUGCUGCUUCGAGCUACUCGAGCCUACACCACCGCAGAGCCAGUCGCGAGACCAUCAACACCUUGCAUAGCGAGCACGAGAUCCGCGAGCACGAGACGCUGCCUGAGCAUCCUCCUACCGAAACCGAUAUCGCCGCUAAUAUACCCCUUCCCAUGCGCGACAACGAUGUCAACGAGAUCGAGGUGCCUGGCCUGGCGCCCCCAUAUGAAGAUGAGGGGGAAAGAGAGGGCACGCAGACGCCUGUUCAGCGGCCGAUGAGGCCGUCUAGUGUGCUUGUGCUGUCCCAGGGAGGAUGGGGGGAUGGGGGGAAGAAGGCGAGGCCCAUGAGUAUGCCGAUGCGUCCUGCGGGAACUUUCAUGCCAUCUACGUACUAUGGCUAUGAAGAGCCUACGGGGGAUGAAGAGGAACCUACGCAUGAUGGAGAAGAGUCUACACACGAUACCAAGCGAGGAAUCCCCUCCCAAGUGACCGAGGAAACCACACCACAGACCACACAAGAAACUACACUAGACAACAUGUCUCAGCAACGCGAUUUGGUAGACGGCCGGGAAGACGAGUCGCCUGAACCCGACGCCUCAAUGGUAGCAUUCGCAGCAGCUACGGGCAUGGGUUUCCGUCGAAGCGCAAUCGGACAAUCAGCGACGAAGGAACCUGAAACUGAGCCGACCCGUCAGGUCACUGAGAGCGAACCAAAGGUCACACAACCGAAGAGGAUGUCAGUAGGACCCUCACAGGAAGCUGAUGAGCCUGAGACGCACGAGGUCACUACUGAGAGCCCUCAGGUCAUGAGGUCCAAGAGGAUGUCCAUUGAGCGAGCCGGUAAACCUGGACUAGUCCGUACCUUUUCUACGCGCAGCUCGAGUCUCAAAUCACCUGUUGGUACGCCGUUGGCUACACCGAAGGUGACUGGUAAUGCUGAGGGACGGAGUUAUCUUGACGAUGAUGAGGACGAUGAGGAGCCAGAACAUCGAGCUAUUGGUGUGGCGAGGACGAGCGAUAAUGCCAUUAGGUCCGCGUCGAAUUCCCCUGGAGAUUCACCUCACGAAAGGAAUAAGAGGCCUGGGAGUGGAGGGUACGUUGAAAUGCCGCCGAGAAAUUUCACGCCGACGAGCCUCACGUAUCGAAAUACGCCUUCGCCUGAUGGGAAACCUACGGUGCCGGAGCGUGCCAUCGAACGCAAACAAGCCAACCGAAGAUCACUCAACGGUGCGGAACUCGUGUUGGGCCCAGGGGUGGGUGGGGGAGGUGGAGGUCUCUCACGUCAGUCGCCUGGAGGAGAGGUGGUCGCCCCAUACGACAGCCAAGGUCCUACGAGUGCACCCAGGAGACAAGAGGCUCGUUCAGUAUCACGUGGUUCGUCGCUGCCAGCUUUGCAAGAAGUCGAGAGCAACACUACCCAGCACCGCGGCAAAACUCCUUCCAUCCAGACCAGUCGCAGUGUGCGUACUGCCGACAGCCCCAGGCGUAGCCCUACGUCUGCGACUGACACAUCCGAGAAACGACUACAUCGCAUGUCCGCGGACGAUUCGACACGUCCAGCUGAUAAGUCGUCCUCGGAUAAUUCUUCGUUGAAGCGUGGUGCUAGUACCUCUUCUUCUAUUCGAAAAGGUGCUUAUCCCAUUACGUCCAGCGGACGAGACUCGAGCGCCAGCCAUCGCUCCAGAGGUCUGAGUGCAAGUGGCUUGAGCGGACGUAUGUCUGAGGAAGACCGAGCGCGCGAGUUCGAUUCGCUGGUCAAGGGGCAGGACACGGUCAAGUUUACGUUGACGCCUGAAAGUGUACGAACUACUAAUGAGUCCCCCGUCUUGAAGAAGACGGAACCACGCAAAUCUUCAGCCUCUUCUGCCUCCGUGACAGUCUACCCUCGGACCGACGCCUCUGACAAAAGCUUUGGCACAGCCAACCUGCCCAACACUACAGCACCAAGGGCAAAAGGACCGACCACUGCCUCUUCUCACAAACCCUCACCCAGCCGUAAGGUAGUCACCAGACCUCUCGCUCGAGACCCCAAGAUCGAGUCGGAAUCCAUGCGCGACUUUGCAGACUUUAUCCGUUCCACUGGUCCCUCCCCUGGCCAAGAGAAGCCCAUCCAGCCCUUUGUCAACAUUAGCAAUAACGGCCAGAAAUCAGGCAACCAUUCGACUUCCUCUCUCGGACGCAAGAUGUCAACUUCCAGGCAAUCUGGUAAUGCGAACAAUACUCCAGCUACGCGCACGCGACCCAACAUGGAACCCCGCUCUCCAGCUGGCCUGUCUACAGGAAACGGUGACUUGAUCGAUUUUAUCAGACAGGGCCCGCCAGACGCAAACCACAAACAACCAAGGAUACCGAAGAAUAUCGCCCCGUUCCGGACGACUGUUGAUAGCGACACUUUUGAUACUAUGCUCGGGGGACAUGGAGGCGUGGAGAGUGCUUAUGAGUCCAGGGCUGACAGGACCACGGAAAGAAAUGUAGCGGAGUCAGCGUAUGGCUCUGCGGCUAGUACGCUUGAGAGCAAGGACAGCACGGCGACGAUUAAUAGCCGGACUGGUCUUAUCCCGAGUCCUAGUGUGGUUCAGCCUGCGUAUUCGGGAGGGCCGGGGCAACUCAGCGGCAGCAUGUCCGGCGGGGGAGAUGCAAUGGAGGGCAUCACCAAGACGAGACGGCGUAUCAAGGAUCCGUACGCCAUUGAUUUGAGCGACGAAGACGACGAUGAGGACGACGACGAGGACGAAGACCAACUCACGGCGCUGCCUACGCCCACUGGGAACCACCAACCCGAACGACAACUGCUGCAACAACAACCAGCACAAAGACAAGCGGCUCCUCCUCGGCAGAGGGAGGAGAGCCUAAUGGACUUUUUAAACGGCAUGGAUCCCCCUGGAGGCGCGUCGUCGGCUAAACCCCAGCCUUUCCUGCUUAGUGAAGAGACUAUUGCUGCGGCGAGGGCGAGGGCGGCUGCAGGCCAAAAUGGUUCCAAUCCCUCGUCUUCUAACUUGCCUGCUUCUCGCAAUGGUAAUGGUACUGCACCAUCUCCUUCAACGAAUAAACCUAGGCUGCAAGCCCGUGCCCCUGCUGUUGUGGGAGAUGCAAGGACGGGUAUGGGCGCUAUGGGUGGCGGUGGCAGUAGGACUGCGACGUCUGACUUAGCGGAUUUCUUGAAGAAUUCGGGCCCGCCUGAGCCCGUGGUGCAAACGAGGAGGGAAGAGGUGCCGGAGAAGAAGAAGAGGUUUUGGCAGAGGGGGAAGAGUAGUGGGAAGACUUAUGGGGAUUUGCCGUAG